AGAGGGGAGGCGGACCCGAGCGGAGCGGAACCGAACCCUGACGAACACGACCGAGUCGCACCGAGCGGAGCCGAAUCUAGACGAACCCAGCCGAAGACGACCCAGCCGAGACGACGCCCGCGCAUCCGAACACAGCCGAGUCCAUCCGAACAUAGCCGAGUCCAUCCGAACACAGCCGAGCCCAGCCGAGUGUGUACGCCGCGGGCGCCGGUGCCGGAAGGAGCCGCGGGGGGCGGAGCGGGCGCAGCCGCGGACUAUAAGAUUCAGAUAUGUUCCUAUUUGAUUGGAUUUACAGUGGUUUCAGUAGCGUAUUGCAGUUUUUAGGACUGUACAAGAAAUCAGGCAAACUAGUGUUUCUUGGACUGGACAAUGCUGGAAAAACUACACUACUGCACAUGCUCAAAGAUGACAGACUGGGACAACACGUCCCCACGUUACACCCCACUUCAGAAGAGCUGACAAUUGCUGGGAUGACUUUCACUACCUUCGACCUGGGUGGACAUGCUCAAGCUCGCAGAGUGUGGAAAAACUACCUGCCUGCAAUUAAUGGCGUUGUGUUCUUGGUGGACUGUGCAGAUCAUGAAAGAUUGCUUGAAUCAAAAGAAGAACUUGAUUCACUAAUGACAGAUGAAACUAUUGCUAAUGUGCCUAUCCUAAUUCUUGGGAACAAGAUUGACAGACCUGAAGCCAUCAGUGAAGAGAGGUUACGAGAGACGUUUGGUCUAUAUGGCCAGACAACGGGAAAGGGCAGCACACCACUGAAGGACCUGAAUGCCAGGCCCCUGGAGGUGUUCAUGUGCAGUGUGCUAAAGAGACAAGGCUACGGGGAGGGGUUCCGCUGGAUGGCCCAGUACAUCAACUGAUCCCUGCCAAAAUCACGGCACAUCCUGGCCCGGGUCUCAAUGUUGUCUGCUCCUUAUUUGAUCACUCAGUGUACGUAACUUGAAUUCAUUUGACUGUUCAAUUUUAAAAAUACACAUUUUUAGCUAAUUAUAUCAUUGAUGCUAAAUUGUAAGUGUGAGGAUUGCAAAAUUAUUUCAAGCAAGUUUGUAAGUUUAAAUACCACAACCUGUGAGCUUUCUAAUCCCAUGCAACAUCCUUUUGCAGCUUUUAAUUUAAUGAGUCUCCAGCACCAUUUUUGGUCAGAGCAACUUUCCAGUACAGUAUGUUUGAAUGCACUUUUUAACAGCUGAAAACGAUGAACAUGUGAAAAAUAUUUAAUGCUUAUGUUAAAUUUUUUAUGUACUUUUUUGAAACUGGUUUUAUAACUUUAGAGUAUAUAACCAUCUUUCAAGGAAUAAUAAAUAAUUAGCUGAUGGAUAAUUGCAUGAUGCCUUACAGUUUUCAAUAAUACACUUUCUUAUGCAACGUCAUGCAAUAAAUUUAAAUCCAGGUUUUGGCAACUUUAAUGGGAAAUGCUUCGUUUUAAUGUGUCUUAACUAGUGAGGCUGAUCUGAAUAUGUGGGAUAUUUUCCUGAAACACAAGCAGGCCACAAAGUAGUUUCAUUGUAGGUUAGAGUAAGGUGGGUUUUUUCAGACUACUAAAUUGUAUUUAUUUUAGGAUUUUGCAUAGUAAAGGAAAAAUCUAAUGUGAUCCCCUUGUAGUUACCACAAAUACAAAUAGUGUAAAUUAGCUGUGCCAAAGUAAAUCUUGAGCUAAUGACAAAAGUGGUCUUAAUCUACUGGUCUCUUGAAUUAAACCCCUGAUGUGACACAAGAAUUACAGUUUCUUUCUGAAGAAAUUAAGAAUACCGCUUCAUUAAACAUCCUGUUUCCAAUUUCUUUAGUUUUUGGGUCUGCCAGAAGACAUGCCACUGAAAUUUCCAGGAAGAAAAUGGGUUGCCAUUGCUGCUUUUGAAAAUUUACCAGCUCGCAGCCUUUGGCCAGUUUUAUUUUUGGUAUUUUGAGCUGGGACAAGAUGGAUUCUUUUAUGUGGUUUUGCCUUGAAACCUGGCUAGUGUGGCAGCUGCUGGCUGCCCAGGGGACUUAUUUCUGGGGUAAAAUUCUGUCCCCCUUUCCAGUUUCUGACUGCUUUUCCCUGCUUUUGAGUGUUAGUUCCCCAAGGAGAAAGCAGAUAAUCUUUGAAGAAAGAUUUUUUUUGUUUGUUUGUUUUUUUAGUUUUUUUUUUUAGUUUCUUUUUCCCCAGCAGAUUUUAUUGAUGCUGGCUGGGAGCUGUGGUUGGUGUUUCCAUGUGCUGGGCAUGUUUUACUCCUAAUUUGCCAAAUGAAGGUGGGGUUUCAGCUUUGGAGUCACCAUUUCACUAUGAUGGGUUUGAGUUUCACUGUGUAGUUUGUUUUCUCCUUGUACAACUACAAACUGCAGCAAGUUGUACUGAAUCCCUUCUACAUCCUGUUGUACAUCUUCUCCAAAAUACUUUAGGCCUUAUGUUUCCAAUAUCCAUGGCAGCAAAUGGAUUUCUGACUGGUUUGAUUUCACAAAUAACUUUCUCUUGACCUCUGGGGUUGAUUUAAAGGCUGUAGGCACAAAGCAAAUAAAUGAGACCUAUUCCUUGCCUGAACCUGAACUGGUAUGAUUGAAUAUUGAUGAUCAGUUCCCCACAGUCCUAGAUUGUGCAUCUGAAUAAUUCAGAACCUAAUAUAAAUUGUAAAUGAAGUUUAUUACUGUAGAAUCACAUGCAAAACAUUAAGCCCAGUUCGUGUGUGGUGAAGUUCAGUAUGAUGGUAUUGGAUGGCUUUUCUGCAUUUAAACUCGUGCUCAGCUGUAGAGUGGUGUCUCUGCUGCAUAAAUCCAAACUGGAGGCAAGAAGUGGCCUCUCACCAGCGUGUGGACAGUGUGUAUCUUUACUACCUACAGCCAUUAUGUAGGGGAUAUGCCUCUUGUUUUUUUCCUCUAGCUUUUCCUGAUGAUGUUUAUAAUGCAGAGAACCACGGCUAAAUCACUAGAUGGUGUAAAUAUUAAAAGUACUACUUGCAGAGUCACAUUGUGGUGUUGAUGUGAGAGAUUUGGCACUGUAUUGCCUGUGCUUAUGGAAAUGAAGCUGGAGGUGGAGAUGUUCUGCUGCACUUCCACAGGCUGAGCUAUUGCAUGGGCAUGGAGGGGUCCUCUUCACCUGCUCUUCCAACCAACCGUGAACAACAGCAGUAAAGAAGGGGGUAAUCCUAUUAAAAAUUAAAAAGGAAGGGAGGUGAUGGUGCUUAAAAGUGUGUGUUAAGAAUAAUUCUCAGUGUUAUGGAACCACUCCUGAUUUCCUGGUUCCUGCUGUGGGAUGGUGGCUGCAAUGUGAUUGUAAUAAGGGCAUGAAGAAACCUGGACCUUGUGUUAUCCACCUGGGUAUGUUGGAAUAGCUGAUCAGUGCUCAGUGAAAUACAAGAAUAAUCUUGCUCUGUUUCAUUUCAUUCAGCAGAGGAAGGACCUUUCUUCUGUAGUUUACAUUCUAUUGUGCACGAGUGUGAAUGAGUGUUGUGUGUCUUUGUGUGAAGACUUCAUUAAUAGACAAAUAUACUGACGAGGAUUUUCCUCGUGGUUCUCAUCCCCACCCCCUCCAUACCUCCCUGGCCAUUUAUUUCUAUUUUAUUCCUAUGACUAUGUCCAGUCUUGCUUUUAAAAAAGCAGUGUUCACAUUUGGGUCUGACUUACAUGAAUUUUUUUUUUUUUUUUGCACUCUUGACUAUGCAGAUUUCAAUUGAACAUCACUUUAAAGAAUGUGAAAAAGAAAACUCAUUAAUAAAGAUGUUGUUUAUGAAUUGUGUCAUUUUGCUUUUACAUUGCAACAGUUCCUUAAGAGAAAUGAAUGCAGAUUUCUAAGAUCCUAAUAACUACUACUGACAGUGGCCUGCAUUUCACGGCAGUGACCCCAGUUGCUAGCAUCUCUGGGUUGAAUAAGAUUUAUUUUGCUUGGAUGUAAUUAAAAUUGGGGUCUAGUAUGUAUUGUAUAACUGAGAGGUGAUUGCUGUAUUUCAGUCUUGGUUUAAUAAAUUUUUCAGCAACAAUUACUAGCAUUGGAGAUGGGAAAGCUCUCCAAGCUUUCUCAUUUAUGCUCUUGCCAGAUCAGGAUUAUUUCUGUGUUCAGGUCCUGUCUAUGAUGUGCCAAAGGUGACCUGUGGCAUUCACUGGAGUACCCGCAUGCAUGGAAGCUUUAUUGUGUUUUGAUAAUUGAAUUUGGGCAUCAAAUAGACUAUUUGGCAUUCACUUAUUUAUAAUAAUGUCAGUUCAGAAAAGUGAUGGAGGUGGUCUCCAAUCCCAGUGAAUUCACAGGUCUGCUGGAGGUCAAAUUGUUCUUCUCUUUGUCCUGUCAAAGUAUUUGGUUUUUACCAACCAAAGUCCAGUGUUUCUGUUGACUACAACAUGCUCACAUUUAGGUCACACAAUUGUUAGUUGUGGACUGAGGAGUUACAUUUAAGCCUCAUCCACUGGAGUCAGUGGGGACGUGUAACUUCCUUGCACUUGAACAAACCACUCUUUGCACUGGUGUUUCUGUUCUGAAAUGUGAGUGCUCUAAAUGUUUGAAAGCGUAAUUUAUAUAAUAAACUGCAGAAGGAAAGCUAAA